AAGUAGAAAAGGAAGAAGGGAAAGCAGCGGGGAGCGGGGAGCGGUGCCGGACAGCGGUGGGCGGUGGGCUGAGCCUGCCGGGCUCGGCCGGGAGGAGGAGGAGGAGAGGAUGCGGCGGGGCAGGGAUGCUGCGGCUGAACACCCCCCUGCCUGAGGACAGCAACGUCGUCCUCCGAGGGCAAGGAGGAAAGUGGGGGAGAGCGGCGGAGCUCGCACAGAGCCCGCGGAGCUCUGCCGAGGACUGCCCGCCUGACACCCCGGCAAAGUUUCCCGACAGGAGGGGAGGAGGGAUGUGAGAUCCUCGUCCCCGCAGCGCACAGCUGGGCUUCCAGCCCCGCUUCUGCUGGGACUGGCCGUGGCUUUGUCGUCCCCGACCGAAGGGUGAAGGUGAGAGCCGGGGCAGCCGCUCUCUCCACCGCCUUAUCCUGCUCCAGCCCAGGAUUUCAAGGCAACAGGAGCCUGGGAACAGCCUUCUCAACACAGCAUUCACCCUGUGAGGACUGAGGGGACCUCCCAGACCCUUCCCAGCAUGUUCAGUGAAAAGAGCAGCGCCUCUUUGUCCCAAAAACCCAGCCAGAAGAAGACCCGACCCCAGGGCCUCCCCUCGCCUGCCCUCUGCUGCGCCUGCGGGCUCUGCAUCAUGCUAGCAGGGAUCAACAUCACCUUGGUGGGAGCCUUUGCCUUUGGGACCUUCCUCCCUGUCAACAACCCUCCCAUCAUCAUCGGCCCCAUCCUGCUGGUGGUGGCCUUCACCUUCUUCGGCGCCUGCUGCGUCUGCAGCCGGCGGCCCCCGGCGCACGGGGCCCGCAAGGCCAAGCCAGGCUCGAACGCUGGGCUCAUCAAACCUGGCAACACGGCCUUCGAGAUCGAGACCAGCGAGCACACGGUGCAGGACACCACCGCCGUCCAGCUGAGCCCCACCAACUCCCCCGUCUCCUCCAAAAAGUCCACGCCCGUCCACGAGGGCGCCAAGGCCUGCAAGCUCUUCACCAUGGAGGGCAACGGGCCGGUGGCCAAGUACAGCUCAGGAGGAGAGGCCAUACAGCUCAACCUGCCCAGGGACCUGGCCACGUCCUAGAGCUCCUGCCAGCAGCCAGCCAGCGCUGCAGCGGGUGGGCUGCAAGUGUGCCACCGCUCAGAGGCGUGGGGAAGGUGCUGGGAAAAGCCAGCAGGUCUCUCUGGACCACUUUAAGGGAGAUGGAUGCAACAGCAGGAAAAAAAUAAAAAUCCGGAUUUUUUGCUGAAACAUGCCCAUUAUACAGUUUUAAAAAGAAAACUGAUAAUGAUGCUGCUGUGAAAAGGUGGUUUCGGUUCCUGGAAAUACGCUGCGGUUUUUGGGGAGCAGAUAGGAAGAGGGGAAUGAAUUAAUUUGUCUGAUAUAAUGUGGAAAUGUGACAGUUGGAUGGAGAGGCUACAUGGGACUGACAAAUGACAGCUCAUUCUUCUCAGAAGUGAAGCAAUUCUUGGACAUAAAAGAAGCAGGAAUGCAGUAAAUUACAGCUUGCUGCCGCUCAGUCACAAGAAGAUUUCAGCAUUUUUAGUGCCAGACUUUUUGGCAGCAGGGACAAAGCUAUAUCUUUGCUACUGAAAAAGCAGCGUGAAACCAUUUCCCCUCUGCUGAAAAUUUUUGCCCCAUCUUGCCCUCAUUUGGGUGAUUUUACUGCCCAUUCUAAGAGAAGGAACCACAAGGAUCACAAUUAGCACUGGGAUUUUCCUCUCAGGUUAAUGAGUUUGAGCUGCAGCUGUGCUCCUCCUCACAGUAUUUUCCUUGGAAGAUCAGUCAGGCUGAAUCCUUGGUGAUAAGCUCCUGGGGUAACCAGAGACUAACAGGAGCCUGCAAAUUAAAUCUUUGGGCCAUGAUUAUGUAUUGAGUACAAGGCAACAUUCUUCCCAUAUUUUUGUGGAAGGGUGGCCUGGGGCACACCUCAGGGCAGGGGGUGGAUAACGCUAUGGGCUCCAGAAUAGCUGUGCUGGAAGAUGGUGACUGUGAGAUCCACUGCCCAGGAGUGGAUCCUUGCUGCAGGAAAUUGGCUCCUCAGUGUGCCCAUGGGCUUGCAAAGCAGUGGGAUGAGUUUGCAGAAGAGAAUUUGUCAAGAGCUGUUCCAAGCAAAGACACCCCCUCUGCCUCAGAAAGUCCCCAGUCUGAUGGAAUAAUGCUGCAAAGGAUUUGUGCUCUUCUCUGGGUGACUCUGGCUGGGAACAGGGCACUGUGCUGAUGGGCUCUGCUCUGACUCUGCUCACAUGUGGGAUCUGGGACCAGCCUGGGGAAGGACAGCACUGCUAGGCAGGACUUGGGUGUGGGGAGGCAGCAGCAAGAAAGUGGAUUUUGAGUAAGAAUGGCUGCACAAGUCCUCUGUUUAUGGUAACUCUAUAUUUGAAAUGAGGUUUUUGUGACUUGGAAUGAUGAGGAAAUCAUCUGGACCAUACCAGAUCACUACAACAGCCCAGCUAGCCCAGGAUCCAGUUUCUGACAAGGCUGAGAGCAAAAUCUGGAGAAGAACAUAAAGACAGGGGAAAACCAGGAUGCUGCUUGCCCAAAGUGCUUUCCCAGCUUCCAGUGUGCUAUUGCUUAGGAGCUUCCUGGGCUGGAAGUGGUGCCUGUGUGUAGUAGCCCUAAAUGGAUUUCUCCUCCAUGAAAUAAUCCAGCACCUCGACUGUCAAUUCUCAUCAUUUGUGAUCCUGCAACUCCUGCAGAGAGUUGCACACUUUGGCUUAUUUUCAUCCUGCAUCCUCCUACCUCCCUCUGAUGGCCCAAAUUUCCCAGGGUCAGCAUACACUCUAUGCCCUUGCCACCAGUGGGGUUUUGAGAUGUGUUUUCCAUGUCAUGUUCCCUCCAGUCACCUUUUUCUUACAGUUCUUUACAUCUCUUGUAGCCAGAGGGAGGUAACACUUCCCAUUUAGCCCAGCAUCAGCUGCUUGCUUGGCUGAGGACAACAGAGCCCUGAGGUUUUAGCUAUCAGAAAUCCAUGUAGAGAGAGGUGGGAGGGCUGAAGGGGAGGUGCUGGAGAAGAGACAGGGGCUGUGGCAUGGCCAAGGCUCCCCUGGGCCACCAGGUACCUCUGUGUGGCCAGGCUGAGAGCCAUGUGGAUGCUGGAGAGCAAAGCCAUGGAGCUGUACAGGCCAUGCAGGAGGUGUCCUGCUGCUCUGGGGAGCCACUGGGCAGCUGAUGGCCCCCCUGCACAAGCCCAGGUAGGAUGAAUUGAAACAAUUCCUUGACAAAAGGUUAACCAAAGAGUUGUAAGGUGAGUCCUUGAGUCCUCCAGCAAACUUGCUCCUUCUCCACCAAGGAAUUACAUCUUGAUUUUAGCAGGGCUGGUCUGUACUGGUUAGGAGGAGAAGAGGCAGGUUUGGGAGAGGGGUGUUUGUGUAGGGAUGGGUAGAUGUGGGUUCAAGUCUCUGGUACAGCCUCCAGGUCCUGGCAAGUCAAUGCCUUGUGCUGUGAGAAGGCAAACACCUGCUCCCAGCUCAUGGAGAGCUGCAGAAAGGAUGAGCAUUGCCAGGGUUGGUGUUGGCACACCUGAAUCUGAAGAUUGCUCCAGGUGGAGGGGUCUGUGCAGCCUGGUCCCUGUGUGAUUCCCCUUAGAGCUUUUUUUCCUGGAGAGCUCUGCCCCCAGCUCUGCCUGCCCUUGGCAAUGCAGGAACUGCUGUCCUGAGAAAAAGCCCCUCAUGAUUUCUACCUGCCCUUAAGUGCUGUAGCAAUUAAGCAGAACAGCUUGUGAUGUAGGUUUGAUUCCCAGCUUGCUGGCCUCACUAGUAUACAAUAGCUUGGAAGUCUUCUAGAGGCAUUUCUCAUGUGAAUAUGAUUACUGCAAGAUGUUUCUUUGAGAAAUUGGAGCCAAAAAAUUAGUAAAAUCAAGUGAUAACCAUGCAAUUAAUUUCUUUGUUUGCUGAAGUCUUGAAAGCCAAGUCUGGAGAGCAUCUCCUUAUCACAGCUGCCCUGUGAAACACUACCAGGGAUGGAUAAAACUAUGACAACCAGCAGAGAUGGUAUCUGUGCAGGCAGAGGGGAAGGAGCAGUGAGAUGCUGAUCUGGUGUGGUGGGUGUGACCCCAGCUGCCUGCCCAGCAGGGUGGCCAUGAGCACAUCAGCUGCCUUCCUGCUCCUGCCUUUUCCUGUCUUUUGUGAUGUCCAUGUCUGUCUGUGUGCUCACCCCCAUGAUCAGCUGUGCCUGAUGUUGUUGUGAAUCUCGUGCCUCCUUGUGCAGUGGGAGAUUAGGAGGGUUCCUAGUUCUCCAAGUCAGCAUUUCUGGUGUGAGUCUUUUUUUAAAAGUUGCUAUUUCCAUGUGUGCAAUGUGGAAUUUGGAAAAGACAGACACAUUAAAAUAAUUGCACUCAGAAAGCAUUUGGCCUGCCUGCUUUCAUUCUAACAACCACCUUCUCCCUUUGCCCCAGACUGUGUGUGCCCCAGUUCUGCUGUGCUCAUUUUGCCUCCUGCUCCUCAAUUUCCUGCUUGUUCUCCCAGACAGUGCAAGCAGCUGCAAGGGAAAAGUGUCCCUAAGAAUUCGGAGUGCCACUUUUCCUUGGAAUCCUGGUUACCCAAACACUAGUCCCACUGCAGACUCCCUCUGUCACUGCUUUGACUGACAUGGAAUAACCAAAUUCAGCCUUUUCUGUCUGCAUGUGUGUGCAGUCCCAGCUGGGCACCUGAAGAGGCCAGGUGUGAAUUGUGAGCCUCUGGGCUCUCAGGGGGAGCAGGGCUGUGGGCUGCUCUCAUUCAGGGUCUCUGGUGAUGGGGAACUGCACUGGAUUAUUUCAGCUGAUCCUCCCCAGCCCUGGGUAGAAAUGACAUUUAAUUUAUGGUGCAGGGGAGAGGUGGGAGCUGCAUCUGUGUGUGCCUGUAGGUGUCUGGGAUUGGUGCUGUCACCUUUCCCUGCUUGUUCUGGGCUUAGCCCAACAGGGUCUCUUGGAGAUGAGUCAAGGAGGGAUGGCACAGUGAGAAUAAAGAGGAUUUGAGAGCAAAUUCACCUCGUCAAAGGGCUUCUCUCCCAUGUGCAGCCAAGUGAUUUGAGAGGAGAGGACAUCUCUCCAUUCCAGGCAGCCUGGCUGGUUAAAGACCUGAGAAAUGAGCUGGCUAAGAAGGCUCCACUGACAAUGUGUGUAAAAUGAAAACCUUUUCCCUCCAGAAAGGAUUUUUUUUUUUUUUUUUUUUUUUUUGGCCAUUAGGAAAAACUCCCUGGAAAGGUUUUUCUUUUUUAAAAGUGGGACCAGAGAGAAAAGCACAGAGGAGGGUUUGCUGAGCACCCACUGCCAUCCUCCUGGAUUUGCAGCCUGUAGCAUUCCUGCCACAGCAGCUGCUCUGCACUAACCUGAGCUUCUCUUUCCAUCUGGAAGAAUAAACCAGAAACAUUAUAUGAAAUGUAAUUAGCUUUUUCUAAUUUCCAGCCCAAAUUUAUCUGUGGCUGGUUUAUUUCCUUUUAUCCUUGUACCAAAAAUGGCUUUUAACCAAGAUACCUUUUAACCUCCUGGAAGUUUUUAUCCCUGAAACAUUUUGGGUUUGCAGAUCUCCUAGAGCUUUUCUUUCCUUAGGCUGAGCUGGCUGACUCUUUCCAUGCUGACCUUUGCCCAGGAGCCCUUAUUUCUCUCUGCCUUAUUCCUCUGUUUUGGCUCAGGAGCUCCAUGAAUGCUCCUGAACUGCCAUUCUUCUGCAGGACUCCCAAGUCCACAGCAAAGUACAAACAUUCCAGGUCUGUCUUGUGCAAGAAAUUGGGCAUUUUCCUUGGGUAAGGAAAGGAAGAGGGGAAAAAAAGGGGAAAAUGUCCAUGAAAAUGUGAGAUUUCCAUUUGCAGAGUCCCUCUGUUAAAAAAAAAUAAAUUAGCUUUUAUGUCAUUAGCCUCCAUUGUGUCCAUGGCAAAUGUGCUCAAUUUGAAGGCUGAAAGGCUGUUUUUCUCCAAGUGUCAGAUGUGUCAGCUCAGCUGAGCUUUCAGCAGCCAUGGGAGAGACCCUCAGACCCCUCCAGCAGCCCCACUACAACACGAAAUAGGAGAGGCUUGAAUAUUUGUUUCAAACUCCUGGAUUUCAGGCUGAUGAGCCCUCAUUUGGGGUGGCCUCAGAGUGAUGUGAAGCCACAGCAGAUGUCCCCCCUCUGCACACACUUUGAAUUCUCAGAGCACAGACAGUGGCAGGCCUGGGAGGACAGAUGGAGCUUCUCAAGGCAUCCAUGCACACAGAGUCCCCAGGAGCUUUUCCAGGGAGCCCAAAGUCAUCUGGAAAUUUUGAUUUCUUGGAAUUAGCCUGUCCUGAGAAUGCAUUGGUUCUCAUGAUGCUUUUGCCAGGAAAUAAACUUCCCAGGUUCCAGAUGAAAUUUCCCAUCCAAACACUUGAGUGUUGCUCUAUUACUCAAUCCUCCAGGCACCCCUAAAAAAAGAUCUUGCUGAACUCUGUCUCCACAUGAGGACCAAACUUCAAAGGCAGCUUUGGGACUACAGCUCCUUAUCAGACCCCCUUGUUUCCAAUCAAAUCCAAAAAGCCAGAUUUCUCUACAGCAGUACUUUCAAUGAGCCAUGUCCCUGAUGAUCUGUGUGCCCUCCCCAAACCAUCACAGUAGGUCCCUCCUGCUGAAAUCUUCAGAGUUCCUCACAUCCAUCUGCUGUGACAGCAAAUACAACUUCAUACAUAAUGCUCUGGCCUGGUGCCAGAUGGAUGUUUGAUGAAGUUAUAAACUCAGACAGCAAAAUGAUUUCUUGUGCUGGCACGUAGGCAGAAAAGAUGCUUCUUUUGGAGACAAAUCCCUCUCUGUUGUUACCUUGGCAUGAGAAAUCAGUGUGAUCUCUGGUUCAUCCUUUUAUCUCCAGCUGAGCCAGGCAAACAUGAUGCUGUCAUUAGGAGCUGAUCCUCCUUCUCCCAUGGCAAGCAGCUGGUGCUUUAUCCUGUUUGCUGUCUCCAGGUCUCUGCAGUCUCCAUUUGGAGGCAGAUUUUACGUGUGGGAAGGACAUGCUGCUGGCAAACCCAGGGAUUCUGACUUCUGCAGCUCCCUUAGGAGUGGGCACAUCACUGCUGCCUGCACCCCAAGGCUGCUUGUGAAAAUCAGUAGCCAGAUCUGUUUUCUGGAAAUCUUUCACAGGGAGUUCACUGGAGAAAAAUUACCUUUAUCUGGCAGCUACAGCUGCACCUGGGAGUGACAGAGCUGUUUGCUCCAGAGAGGUAAACCCAGGCAGCAGAGCACAGAAAGCUCCCUGAGGCUUCCUUUCCACCUUCAUCCCACAUGGUGGUCUACAAAUGGUUUUCUUUCACAUCCUUUGUCUGAAAACAACCUGCCCCAAAACUUUUGCUGGAUAAAUAGAUUUUUGUGGCAUAAAUCCCUGGAAAUCUCUCUGAAUGUGGUCUGACACCAUGCAGAUGACCAGCAGCCCCCUCCAUGCUCCUGGUGUUUUGCUGUGUGGGUGCAAGUAGGGCAGACCCUGCUCUGGGUAAAGACAACAGGCAAGAAAGGAAAUUGAGGGACAGAGAUGAAAAGAGGGAGCUCAGCUUUUCCCAGGGAAAGAAUAAAACCACAACUCUGAUCAUCUGUAACACCCCAGGGCAAGGACUUCCAUGCCUUAGCCCUGUGUUGUGUGGAGAUCCACCUGCUCGUGUGUGCUGGCUUCCUUUGAAGGAGAGGGAGGAAACAGCACCUCCUUUCCUGAUUAAACCUCAAAACACACCUUUAGGGUGGGCCAGAUUCAGGCACUCAAUGAAUGCAUGUAGAUUCCCUUUUUCAAAAGGGCAGCAGUCCCUGAGGGCCAGAACACAGAGAUGGGUUUUCUCUGCAGGGAACUGAGAGGUGAACUGACUGAACAACCCUGUUGGAUGUUGUUUUCCUGACUUGAUGCAUUUCUCUGGCACAAGGCUGAAUUUCCCAGCAGCUCUGGGCUACAUAUGUUUUCAUAGAGACUCAUUAAAUACAUAGCUUCAGUUCUGAAAAUCACAUUUGUUCUAAAUAAGAGCUGUCUGCUGGGAGAAUUAAUUCCUCUGACUUAAGUCACCUCCCUGGAAGUGAUGCUGUUGUCUUCGAUUUCAUGGCUGGGAUGAUUACACUUUUCCAACACGAAAGAAUAACAAGAUUAGGGAAUUUGUGGCAGUGAAGGCAAAGAGGAGGAAUUGGCUAAGAAAAAGGGAAGAGAAAUUGAAUUUUCCUGUUAAAAGAAAAGGAAAUGCCUACUUCACAGAAACAGUUUUGCUUUGGGGAAUAACAAUGGGGGAAACUCCUUUUGAACCAAAGUCCCUUAUUAAACCUCUCAGGUUUGUUGCCACAUUCAAAAAGCUUUGUGAGAAAGGCAGUUACCACCUACCCAUCAGCAAGGCUGUGGGUAACCCUCUGGAACAGGGAGGAAAAUCCAGGAGUGUGUUUUCCCUGAGGUGGAGGGGCAUUCCAGGAUGUAGGGGCAGUGGGAGCUGCCAGACCACACUGAAACUGAACUUUUCUGCUGGUUGGGAACAAAGAUGUUUGUCAGAGCAACUUUUUACACAGGCAGAUAGUGAUAGAACAGGGAGGAAGUGGUUUUAAAAGCUCUUUUAAAACUAGAAGAGGAGAGAUUUAGAUAUUGAGAAGAAGUUCCUUACUCAGAAUGGUGAGGAGCAGGCUGCUCAGGGAAGCUGUGGAUGCCCAUCCCUGGAAGUGCUCCAGGCCAGGUUGGAUGAGCAGCCUGGUCUAGC